GAGGGGGUUUCACAAACGGCCACCCCCCAUCCGUGCAGCUCUCAUAAGCUGCCUCAGCUCUGUCGGUCGUCCAGAGGCGAUGCAGGAGUUUGGAGAGACAAGCGGACGGCUCGGCGCGCGGCGUGUGUCAUGCGGCGCGCGGACUUAAAAUAGACAGGCACAAAGUUUCCUCGCGUCGCCGCUCGCCCGCUGUUCACACCGCGCUCCCCGCCAAACAUGGAGUACUGGAGGCAGUGCGCGAUGUGGCUGAUCAGCUGCAACGUGCUGCCGGCGAACCACCGGGUCACCGCGGACACGGCGCAAGUGUUCGACUUGGCGCAAACCCUGCGGGACGGGGUGCUGCUGUGCCAGCUGCUCAACAACCUGAGAGCCCACACCAUCAACCUGAAGGAGAUCAAUCUCAGGCCGCAAAUGUCACAGUUCCUGUGCUUGAAGAACAUCCGUACCUUCCUGAAUUGCUGCUGUGAAGUGUUCGGGAUGAAGAAAAGCGACCUAUUCGAGGCCUUCGACCUCUUCGACGUCCGUGACUUUGGAAAGGUCAUGGACACCCUAUCCAAACUCUCUUACACAGCGACUGCUCAGCAAGGAGGAUUCAAGCCAUUCCCAACGGAGGAGAGCGUGAAAGACGAGGACAUCUACAACAACCUGGAAGACCUGAUUGACGAAAAUGUUCUCGAGGACGAGGAUGAACUGUAUGAUGCAGUCUACGGUCUGGAAGAAGACCAUGCGGGUGAUGAGAUCUAUGAAGACCUCAUGAGGACUGAGCAGCAUCCCCCACUGAAGCAGGCAGAGGUGGAUGUCCGGAGCUGCUGCCUUUCAGAAAUCAAACAGACAGAGGAGAAAUACACAGAAACCCUGGAGUCAAUCGAGAAGUAUUUCCUGAAUCCGCUGAAGAAAUUCUUCUCUGCAUCUGAGAUCGACAAAGUUUUCCUCAACAUUCCAGACCUGGUUAAAGUUCACAAGAGCCUGAUGGUCGAAGUGCAAGAUUCCAUCCUCAAUAAAAAUGCCUUAAACCUCUACCAGAUCUUCAUCAACUACAAAGAAAGACUGCUCAUUUAUGGGAUAUACUGCAGCCGGGUGGAGAUCGCCAUCGCUGUUUUGGACGUCAUCUGCAAAGAGAAAGAGGAUGUUCGUUUGAAACUGGAGGAGUGCUCAAAAAGAGCCAACAACGGGAAGUUCACACUGAGGGACCUGCUGGUUGUCCCGAUGCAGAGAGUCCUCAAGUACCAUCUCCUUCUACAGGAGCUAGUGAAGCACACUCAUGAUGCGGCCGACAAGAGCAACUUGAAGAUCGCUCUCGAUGCCAUGAAAGACCUGGCUCAGUACGUCAACGAGGUGAAGAGGGAUAAUGAGACAAUAAGGGAGAUCGACCAGUACCAGAGAUCUAUCGAAAACCUGAACCAGUCUCUGAUCACCUACGGUCGGCCGAAGGGAGACGGAGAGGUGCGCAUGGUCUCCAGCGUUGACAAGAGGAAACAAGACAGACACAUCUUUUUAUUUGACGUGGCCGUCAUUGUUUGCAAGAGAAGAGGAGACAACUAUGAGAUGAAGGACAUACUCGACCUCAACUUCUUCAAGAUCACCAACAACCCAACAUCAGACAGAGAGGGCAAAAAGUGGUGCUACGGGUUCUACGUGACACACCAGCAGGGGCACACGGGCUUUGAACUCUUCUUUAAGACCAGAGAGCUGAAGAAGAAGUGGCUGGAUCAGUUUGAAAUGGCCAUAUCAAAUAUCCGACCACAGAAAGCCAACCACAACUCCCAUCAGUUCAAGAUGCACACAUUUGAAAGGAUCACUUCCUGUAGCUACUGCCACCUGUUGCUCAGGGGCAUCUUUAACCAGGGUUAUCUCUGUCUAAAAUGUGGCCUGGGGGCUCAUAAGGAGUGUCUGGGUCGACUGGGGCUCUGCGGGAGAACAGAUCCUGCCAAGCCAAGGCCCAAGGACAACACAACGCCACCAGACCGAGGUUUACCGAGGAUGGUCGCGAUCAGAGACUACAGUGGCGUCCCCUGCCCUCAGUGCGGGCCCCCGCUAAGCAUUCACGCGGGGGAUGUCAUUGAACUGAUGUUUGCCGACCUGCACAGCUCCUGGUGGCAGGGCAGAGUUCUGGCAACGAGCAAGACUGGCUUCUUUCCAAGCGACGCUGUGAGGCCUUGCCCGUGUGUUCCAAAACCCGUCGAUUACUCUGCCCAGCUCUGGUUUGCCGGGCCCAUGGAGAGAUACCAGGCCGAGGAGGAGCUGGCGGACCGAGGGAACAGCACCUAUCUGAUUCGACACAGGAGCAGAGAGUUCACUGAAUACGCCAUCAGUAUAAAGUUCAACGAUAAAGUCAAGCACAUUAAGAUUCUGACCAAGGACGGAGGCUUUUACAUCGCUGAGAGUCGGCUGUUCAAGACCGUGCUGGACUUGGUGGAAUACUACCAGCAGCACUCUCUGAAGGAAGGUUUCAGCAGUCUUGACACCACUCUGCAGAUCCCCUAUAGGGAACUGUCCAAUGGAAAUGUGCCCAGGGCCAUUACUAAGGUUGGCAGUGUUCCUCCUGGCGGCUGCAGCUUUGUUCCUCCCUCCUCCUCGCCUUUCUGGUCAGUCUUUUCUCCCAGGGUGGUCGGUAUUGCGGUGGCACGUUACAACUUCUGCUCCAGAGACACACGGGAACUGUCUCUGCUGCAGGGCGACAUCAUCAGAGUCUACUCCAAGAUGUCCAACGGAUGGUGGAAGGGAGAGGUCGAUGGCAGGGUGGGCUGGUUCCCUUCUACCUAUGUGGACGAGGAGGACUGACUUUUGUCGCUGAGCAGCAUCUAUUCAGCAUCCAUUCAAAGCCGAACCAGCGAGUGCUACGCUGCUGUGCCACCCACCGCGGCCUCCGUCAGACCUCUUUGAAGAAAAAAAAAAAAACAACAACCUGAGACUCAGACAUGAGAUGAGGCGGCAGUGCCCUCGAAAAAAACAGCUCCUGCCCUCUGAAAGACUCCCACACAGAGGAGAUGUCAAAUCACAGAUUCCAGGAGCGUCAUACCAUAUCUUACCUCUCUGCGCCUCCGUCUGUCCCCGCGGUCCACCGGGAAGUAGAUGUGCUAUACCCAGAUAACCUCCCCACCCCCCUUCUCCCUCCUUCUUUCCUUUCACCACUCACCUUCUCUUAUUAUUGAUGACUCCAUUGACUGGUGUGCGACUCGCCUUCGCCGUCAUCGUGUUUCGAUACCAAGAAGGCUCAGCCACCUGUGGAACACACAUCCUGCUGACAGUGCGCCGCCCAGGUACUUCUCCAAACUGAAGUGCGGGCGCUGAGGAGCUGGAACACUAUAGCCCUCUUGGCUAAUCGGACAUUUGCGUGUUCAGCUGUAUUUGAAUUGUAGUUUUUGAAGUUUCAGUUUCGUAUCACUGGACAUUGUUUGAUGCACUUCAGAGUUUUCUGUGUUUUCCGGAUGAAUGUGUACGUAUGCAGUCAGUUUUACUCCUGUUCAGUCAUCAUUUCCUUCAAAAGAAAUAAUAGAAGAAGAAUCACGUUAAACUUAUAACAAAGUAAUUUGUUCUGCAUUGGAUUGGUGCCGAAAUAGAAAUAGUCUGACAUUUUGGGAAAUACACUUACCACCCUGUUAUCGGUGUCUUGAACAUUACAGUCACUUGCUGCGUUUCCAUCAACCCUAGGAAUAUGCAAAACUCAGAUAUCGCAAAAGGAAAGGAACCGGUUACAUUAACCUCUCAAAUAUCGCUGAACACUUUUGCGCAAAGUGAAGCCUUGCAUAAAGAGAGUUUAUGGGAUAUCGUAAGAUGAGACUCUACAAGAGUUACAUCUUGUUCGAUGGAAACACUUACAAAGAGCAACUGUACUACAUCCAAAUUUCAGAAAUAUUGCGUUUGUUUUGCAAAAAAGUGUAAUGGAAACGCAGCUACUGACUAGUAUAUAUGAAGAUGAACAAACCUUCCGUGACUUCACCCGUGGGUUUCCUGAAGAGCAUUCCUAAGAACACUUAACGUUAACAUGUAACAUUUCAUAAAAGUUAUUCUUUUAUUCUGUGUUAUCCUUUAAAGUUGCACAUUUUAACGUGGCAGUCUACAGGGGUUGACUCAAUUUUUGAGGCCACUCCUCAAGUGGUCAUUUGAGGAACUGCAGGUUUUGGUACUUUUUUCGUAGCCUAUUCGUUGCGUAUUAACCUACCAUAGCAUGGACUGAAAGCAGGGUCAUUAAAACAUUAAAAAAAAAAGCUCACCAAUUCUCUAAACCUCAACAAUGAACUCUUUAAUAAUUAGGUUCUGCAAUUUGUACGAAAGCCAUAGUGUAAAACAGGUGAACUUUAAAGGUACGGAUAAGUUGAUUUUGGUUUGAUGUUAAGUUGAAAGACACAAGAGAUACCAGCCUUCUUAUCUAACUCUCACCAGGUUAGCAGUAAAAAGCUUAUUUCCCAAAACUUCUAACAAUUUCUUUAAACAACAGCUGAUGUUGAUAGCUGGUAGCACAAGGGUGAAUGACUAUGAUAAAUGAUCAAGAAAAAGAACACUUUUUUUAAUGUUUCACAAAUGAUCGUCUCAUUGAAGGGCACUUGUGGAACUAUAACACCCAGUUCCCAUGUUUGACUUCUGACCAGUGAGCGUACGCUUCAGACGUGUGGAAUCAUCAAAGGAAAUAUAUGCACAAAAGGAAUCACAAAGCUGAAUAAGUUGUAAAAGUGCAUGUGAGGUCCGGGUAGUAAAAUUGGAAGUAUAGGCCCGUACUUCACUCCUUGAUCAUUUACCGGGGAAACCAGAGAGUCCUUUUACAUUCCACAGAUUUUGUGUUUACCUCAACUCGUUUUGGUUUCAGAAUGAAUGAUUCAAGGGUGAUGUAACAGCUAUUCACUGUAGCGCAAGGUAACACAAGGGCGUUAAGUGAUGCUGUUUUCCUUCAAACGUUAACACCCCGCUAACCAUGUGUGUGGCAUCAAUAUUUAAUAAAAGCGUACCCUUUGAAUUGCA